CACGAUUAUCUCUACUCUUUGGUUAAAUGUGGUUGUGAACGAAGGAGGGACGAGAUUCUCAAAAUUAAGGUUGAUAUUUGGGUGUCGUUGUGUGAGUUGGGAGGGUGAUCGAAUGGGCUAUUAACACGUAUUGACAAGUCGGUUGGGUCCACGGUUUGGUCCGGUAAACCGCGGUCUAGACCAGACCAGACCAAGAGAUCAAAACAUAAAAUAAACCAGACCAUGGACCAGACCAGACCAUACUUAACGAUCUUCGGUCCAGACCAAACUGUGCGGUGCGGUUUGGACCACGGUUUUUCUAACGGUCUGGUCUGUUUUCCCAGCCCUAAUUGGAAGGACCAUCUAUUUCGAUUUUCUCACUUCUCUAGAGUCCUCUUUAAGUUUGGAAUGUACAAUAUUAACAAUAUGGAGGAGUUCAAUUUUGUUGGAUACUCUUGAAGUCGUUGUGACAACUCGUAAUGGGAUACGAGGAUACCAAAUGGGCAAGAAAAACAAGCUUUUGUAUUUGUUCUACAUAAGUUACUCAAUCUUUUUCUUAUCUCUUUUUUUUUCACUGAUUAAUUAUAAAAAUGAGGAUAAAGAUGUGAAUGAUGACGGAGAAGAAGUAAAGCUUCUAAAGUGUUCGUCCUGUGAAAUAUCAUUUUUUACAUGUUUUAUUGAUACUAGUUUAUUGGCCCGCGUUUUGAGCCGGAAAUCUAUUUCAACUUGUUCUUUGCAAAUAUAUGUGAGAAAGGUAAGAUCGAAGUUUCAUUUUCCACCUAUUCAAUUCAUAUUCCCCUUAAUAUGAUUAGCUUCAUUUCUUGUGUUUUGACUCUAUAAAAUAAGAUAGCUAUAAAUGAAUGUGAGUUUUUAUCUCUCACAUAUUUUGAUUCCAUUAUUUGUAUCACUCUCCUGAUAUCCAGACCAUUUUUAUGUUUAGCCAUGACUACGACAACAGUUGAAUAAUUAGAAUUUUAUUUCAAUUUUAUGUUUAUUUUUUACUUAUUAAUUAAUCGACUAAACAUGAACAAUCUUCUCUACAGCCUUUCAUUUCAUGGACUUUACUUUCCCUUAAAAAGAAGGGAAACAUUCAUAAUCACACCAAUCCAAAGUAUUAGCGUUUUUUUUAAAUAUUUAGAUUUACAUUAAUUUAAUUUGAGAUUUUACAUUUAUAAUGAAUUUCAAAAUGAUAGCAAUGGCUAUUAGCUAAGAGCCUAAGACUGAAGUUACUACCAAAAUCCUAAUUUCGACUCUUUUGUUUAUCUUGUGAAGAAGCUAAUGCUUAGGCUUAGGCAACCGGACCUUUUCCUCACUGUUAUAGCUCUAUUAUGGCGUAUCUGGAGAUCCCGGAACUGGCUUGUUUUUUAAGGUAAACAAUUUGGUAUCCCGACUUUAAUGCGACAGUUUUCCCAUUAGUAUAAUGAAUGGCUUUCUUUACCAAGGGAUCGGGAUGGACUUGCUCCUAUUUCGGUUCCCCGGGCCCUGGCCUCUGUCACCCCACCUGAGGUAGUUUGCCAGUGGGAUGGGGCGACAAAAGCGGGCUCUCAUUCGGCUGGUGGGGUGGUUAUCCGUCAGUGGUCAUGAGAUGUUCUCCGGGUGCUAGGGGUUCACAUUCUUGAUAUGGAUGAGCCAGCGACGGUGGAGUUGCUUGUGCUAAGGGAGGCUAUCCUGUGGUGUCUAAGACUAGGGUAUCAUGUCAUAUGCUUUGAAGGUGAUGCUAAGGUUGUGAUUGAUAAGAUCAACCAAUCUAAUACAAGGGACAGUAGGAUGGGGGCUUUGCUGCAGGAGGUGGUGUCUUAUUGCACUCUCCAUCAGGGACUUAGUGUUCGAUUUGUUGGCCGUAGUAACAAUAGGGUAGCCCAUGUGGUGGCUAAAAAGGGCCUGGCAUUGUACCAGGCUUCAUGUCGCUCUUUUGAUUUUAUGGCGUGGCUGAAUUCCAGGAUGUAACUCUCUUCUUUUGAUUUAUAUAUGAUUAUCUAUUGUAAAAAAAAACUCUUUUGUUUAUCUUUACACGUGGCCAAAGUAGAAAAGGGUCCUAAACAUAGCUAUCCAAAUCCAUGACUUCCUUCAUAUUUCUUUGCCUCUUCCACUUCCUAUUCUAAACUUCUUAGACCAUCUCCAACAAGCAAUUGGAAAAAUGCUAGAAUGCCAAAUGAUUUUGGCAUUUUGGCACUCCAAAAGUGGUUUUUGCUCCAACAAGCAAUGUCAAAAUGCCAAAAUGACAAAUCUUCUCUUUUUCUAAUAAACUAGUUUACUGUAGAUUUGAUCAUUUUAAUUAGAUAGUUUGUAGAUUAUUUGUAUACAGGUAAUAAUAAUUAAUUACGACGAACAUUUCGACAUAAUUUUUUUUUAAUUUUGACUUAAUUUCAACAUAAUUUUUUUUUAAUUUGCAACGGCUAUAAGCGAAACUGACGCGCGAAGGGGGGAUUGCGCGGAACGAGCGACGUGGAUUGGAUCGGGGCCGCGCAAUCCCCCUGCGUGCGUCGGCUUCUCGGAAAAGGGGGGUCAAGCUCAAGUGAGAGAAUAUGGCAUUUCUUGUCUUUUUCUAGUGGGUAUUUGGCAAAAAAAUUUUGGCAUUUUUGGCUUUUUAGCUUUUCCCAAUUGUUGUUGGAGGAGAUGUUUUAGCAAUUUUGGCAUUUUGGCUUAGUUGUUGGAGAUGGUCUUAUGCUCUCUCUCAAGUCUUAAUCAAAUGACUCCUCGGAAAAAAAUCUUCUUUACCCUUGCAAUUGAUGGCUCGACCAGCUGUCCAGGGGCCUUAUCUCAAAAGCUAUUGGACCAUACUCUAUCUUCUCGAACACUCUGGGCAGCUCCUCCAGCUCCUCUUUCGUUGACGGCCUCACAAUGGGGAAAGAGAAUACGAAAGCAUACAACCAUUCGGCCGAAAUAGUUGAUUGCGGAAGUGGUAGCGACAUUGGUGAGUAGUGACGAACCCAACAUGCAUUGACUCCAGAAUCCUCACAUUGAAGCCUCCUUCUGUCUUUUCUAUAUAGGUGUCUCUCUACAAAGCUUUCAACCUAGAUCUGGCUUAAUUAAAUUGCAAUUUUUAGAUUGGGAAGGAUGAGGCACGAUAUAUAGGAAUUAUGAAGAUAAGAUCCCGAAUUCUGCCAUCAUAUCUGGGAGGGAAGCGACAGCCCGAUCGGCUGGUAGAGCAGUGUUUGUUGGCAGUCGGUUUUUGGUGAGGGAAGUGGAGAUCCAGACUCUAGAGUUUGUCGGAGAGGUCAACCGCCAACCAGGGACGGAGCCAGGAUUUCGAGACCGGGUGGGCCGAAAAAAGAAAAUGCAAAUAAAAAUAAAAUAAUUAGUUUUAAAGUCUACAACGUUCUUUGAGAUUAUUGAAAUCUUUCAAAAUAGCAUAUAAAAAUAAAAUAAUUAGCUUUAAAGUCUACAACAUUCUUUGAGAUCAUUUAAACAUCUCAAAAUAGCAUCUGAACUAAACUUUUUAGCUAUCUUUCUUUCAAUAUAAAUAACUAAAUCAUUAACAAAAAAACUCAUCAUUUAUUUUGUUUCGCAAUCUAUUCUUCACUAUCUUUAUAGCUGAAAACAUGCACGAUCACAUGUAACUUUAGAAAUUUGGAAGAGUUAGAAGAAGAUAAAUCAACCUAUCAACAAAAUAAAAUUCAUUUGACGUUAAUCUUUUUGUUCAUUCCGACAUAGAUAAAAAAAAUAUAUAAAGAGCUAAAAAUCUCAAGUGAACUAAAUAGAGGUUGAUUUUUUCAUUUGUAGCUGGAUUAAAGUAACAAAAAGAAAUGAAAAUGAGUGGGUAUCCGUUUGCUUUGGUCCAGGACCUUGUGGAGGAGAAUUACGAUAAUAAAGUCCAAAAAGAAGUUAAAGCAAAAAUGAGGUUGUUGUGGAUCGAACAUGUUUGCUUUAGGCUAAAAGUUUAGUUUAGCUACUAAUAGACUUUAUGAUUUUAU